AUGCUGAGCUCUACGCGCGGGCAACUCCAAUGUUUACGACACGUCUGGGUGUUUGUUAAUCUGGAAGAAACUCGAGUGUGAUUUUGUCAAAACGGUAUAUCAUCCUUGAACGGAUUAAGAGGUAGUACAGUUGGGUCACAUCUAAAGCUGUUCAAAAGUUCCUUAUGCACAAUCGAUUUCUCAUGUGGCAAUAUCUCGUUUGGUUGUUUGCAGUUUUCCAUCUUAGCAAGUCUUAUGGUUACGUUAUUGAAGGUACUGUUGUAAUGCCUCCUGAAGCUCCUCCAGACUGGCAUGUCAACACACGAAUUAACAUAGCUGGUGAUCAGUUCGUUGGUUUUGUGAAAGCAGAUGGUAACUUUGAAGUAACUAAUGUCCCAUCUGGAUCAUAUAUAGUCGAAGUCAUAAAUCCCGUCUAUUAUUUCCAGGGUGUUCGGGUUGACAUAAGUUCUAAAGGUCGUAUUCGGGCGCGUCAGCUAAAUGCACCACAGCCCAAUGCUGUGAAAGAACUCCCGUAUCCCUUACGUCUUUCCAGUUCUGGAAGAGCAGUCUACUUCAAGGCACGUGAACAACUACGUACCUUAGAUCUAUUAUUCAAUCCAAAUGUUCUUUAUGUGCUAGUUCCAUUAUUACUGGUUGUGAUAUUGACAAAACUAGUGAAUACUAAUGAUCCUACUGUACAAAAAGAAAUGCAGCAAAUGAAUAUUCUUAAUCCACAACAACAAUUACCUGAUAUGAGUGAAUUCCUUUCGUCACUAUCUUUAUUCGGUGGAAAUACUAAAAAGACCACUCCAACAACAAUAAAUAAACGAAAAUCUUCAGAAAAGCAUCGCCAAAUUACGAAUAGUGCAGGGAUUUCUGAGAGUUCAAAUCAAUACACCACCGUCGGUAACACUAGUAGUCCCACUUCCAGUUCAUCGAAUGCAUCAUCAAAAAGAACAACAACAAAGGCAAGAAAAGCCGAAUAAACAAGCCGAUAUAUAUAUGAUAUAUUACAAAGUAAUUGAUUUACCAAAAUUAUUUUUUAUUUGUAUUUGAAUGAAUGAAUGAAAAAAAUGACUCACUUUCACUUGCUCAUUUAUUUUGUUUUCCUUCCUUUCAAUGUUUAUUUUACAAUAAUGAAUGUAUUUAUUAUUCGAAGUGUUUUUUAGCCAGUGUGGUUGAUUUUUCGAAUUAACUUCCCAUUUCAUAGUCAGUCGUUCCAAAAUAUUACUUAACUAUUCGUUUUCUUUUAAUAAACAAGAUCACAGUUAAGCACAAUAUGCUGAUUAAUGUAGUACGUGCAUGUGUAUUUGUAAAUUUAUGUGCUCUAGUAAAUUAAAACUCGUUUUAUUUUUCAA